AUGACGGAAUUUCCAGGCCGUCAUCAAGCUCGAAGACGUCGUCGAGGUGAGAUAGUGAAUCCAGCAAACACUUUGGAUGGUUUGGUCGCCAAACGUGCUGAUGAUGUGGGCGCCAGGGAUAGCCUCUAUAAGCCAAUAAUUUUGCAUGAUUUAAACAUCGAUCCAAAAAUGAAACGUAUCGGAAUAGAUCCGGACGUGUCAACAAGGACUUGUUCCGUUUGUGGUUACCAGGGGAAAUGGGUUUCGGAAAUGAUCAGACAUAAGCGCGUUCAUACUAACGAACGCCCAUUUCGUUGUAAAUACUGCUCCCGGACAAGCAAAUGGAAAGCUGAUCUCGUUAGACAUGUUGCUAAAACGCAUGGAAUACGAGUGGUUUCAAAGUAUAGCCGAAGCAAAACGUUUCAUAAUAGCACUUCAACUUUCAAUAUGACAACCAGUACAAGUGAAUCAAAUGGAAAAAAGCGGAAUUGUGCAGAAAUACUCACAGAUUUGAAAAAUGAUAAAGAUAUUAUGCUAAGAUGCAGAAAGCCUAAAACACUUCGAUUGCCGAUUAUGUAUCGAUGCGUUAUUUGCUUGUUUGAACAGGACUCGGUACUUGUUUUGAUGAGCCAUCUGAAGAAUGCGCAUAAUGCAUUGCCGUACGAAUGCCACUCAUGUGGUAACUCGUUCAUGGAUGCUCACACAACUAUGAAACAUUUCAUUGAAAAGACAACAUGCAAAAGAGAUGAUCUCAAAAUUAAUAUUGCUCCUCCGCACAUUGUAAAAAAUAAUUUUAAUUUAAAGCCAUCAUUUGCACUCCUUGAUGAAGCUGCUAAACAAGCUGCUCAAGAACUAUUUGGUAAAAGUCCGGCAAUUACUUCAUCAAUCAUAGCGCAGAAUUUAUCUUUGCCAGCAGUAUCAGCUCACAGACACGACUAUAAUCAAACUGAAAAUCAUAUGCGCAUGCAUACCACAGGUCCAUCACUUCUGAGACAAGGUGUAGAUGGAACCACUGCAAAUACCGCUGAGACUCAAAUGAAAGUGAAUGCCGACAGUACCGCUAUGACACAGCAGGUAAUAACGACAUCAAGAUUUUUUGAUUUGGAAGCAGUAUUAUCAGUAGUGAAACAACAGGCUGCAUUCGAUCCACUAUUUUCGAUGCGAGCGCUAGCAUUGGCUCCUACAUUGCUAUCAGAAUGGAUAUCGCCUGGUCCCUCGGCUUUUAAGCAAGUAACUUCAAUUCCGGAGGAGAUUAUACCAGUUACAGGUCUCAUUUCCUAUCCAGAAAUUCACGGGAAUCAGCAAAAAAAGACUGUCCAAGAACUCAAUUCUUUAUUCCCUGCUAACACUAACAAUAUUUCGUGUAAUUCAGUGACGGUAAUUUCAAACUUCAGUUCUAACAGUAUUUCUAAAAACCUUUGUUUCAUGAAUCCUGCCUCACCACACGUCCCGGAAGAGUCCAACACAAAUUCUAAGUUGUCUGAUGUUAGCUCAUUAUCACCUAGUUACCAGAUUUCUGAAGGUGUUAUCAAAGCUAUUCAACAUUAUCGCCAACGACGUAAUGCAUUUUUUCCACAAGUUCCCGCAGCAGAAAGCAGAACCCAGAGAACAGAUAGCCUUCCAGAGCCUCCAGAAGAUAAAACGAACCCGAAAAAUGAAUCAGAUACAGUUCACGAUAUAAAUAUAACGAAAAAGGAUGAGGAUGAUUUUGUUGAUGUUGUGCAACUUGAUGGUUGA